AUGAAAAGCAGUAUCUACAUCUCCAAUACAUUGGACUUUGCCGUUUACCUUGCAACUUCUACUCCGGCGGGAAGCUCUACAGUAGAAGUCUACGCUCCCAGCUCGCCUCUUUCGUCGGUACUAGGAACCAUGAAUAUUCAGCACACUUCAUCCAACGCUGCACAGACACCAUCUCCAACUAGCGCUGUGCUACCCAGUUCUUCAGCUACACCUGGUACCAUGAUCACUAGCGCCGUGCCAUUACCCACAACCCCGGAUGUGGUUGCUACGCCUGCUCAAUCGACGGGAGAAUAUGGCAUAGCACCAAACGGAGUUGCUUACAUGAGCAUCUAA